AUGGCACAGAGUGGAAACGGAGCAGCAAGUGAGGGUGAUGUUACAUCACUUGGUACCGGACAGGAGCUGAACUUUGAUGAUGACACACUGAAAGGUAAAGAUUCUUACAACUGUUAAUAGUGUAUCACCAAAAGGCCUUUAAUAUAGCAAACUAAGGAGAAAUGAAAUAAAAUACACAAAAAAGACAAAGAACCGUCAUUUGAAAACAUUCAACAUACGGAAGUGGUUAAAGAGUCAAAGUCGUUAAACAUUAUCUCUAUACUGAAGGUGGUUUUUUAAUAUUUUAUCUAGAUUAGGCUUUUCCUAGAAUUUGUGGUCGAGUUUAUCACUUGUGGCAAAAUGAAUGGUUGUUUAGGUACUGGUGCUUUAUAUACAACUGAAGAUAAUGUCAAUUUACAGCUUUAUACUGAUUUUUCCAGAUCAAACCAUCAUGGCACAGAGUGGAAACGGAGCAACAAGUGAGGGUGAUGUUACAUCACUUGGUACCGGACAAGAGCUGAACUUUGAUGAUGACACACUGAAAGGUAAAGAUUCUGACAACUGUUAAUAGUGUAUCACCAAAAGGCCUUUAACAGAGAAAUUUAUGGAGAAAUGACAUAAAAGAUACAGAAAGGAAAACCGCAAUUUAAAAACAUUCAACAUAAAUAAAGACUGAAAAUCGUUAAACAUUAUCUCCACUGAAGGUGUUUUUUAUUUUUUAUCUAGAUUAAACUUUUUCUAAAAUUUGUGGUCGACGACUUGUUCCUUUAUCUUGCGGAUUCACCGUUACAUAUAGCCCUGCAUUAGCUCCCGGCAAGUAUGAUUCCUAUUUUCCCGCCAACCCGAAAGAUGCACACACACCGCAUAACGGUUUAUUAGUGUGAGCUACAAAUUUAAUGCAUUUUCAGCUUUUUUAGCAUUUUUAACAUCAGAAAGUGAGGAACGGAACGACCAAAUUUGCUCCUAUUUCACGUGACCAAUGUCAUGAUCAAUGCCAUUGACGAGUUAACAAGUGACGCCAUUUGCAUGCCUAACCAAGGAAUAAAUUAUCCCCCUCGUAUUUUUCUUUUUAAUCUGUAGCAAAGAGACGAAGACGGAAAUCAAUACACAAAAAAGUUGCACACGAUAGUCCGUAUUGUACUCCUAUCUUUUAUACCCAAAAUUAUAAUUCACCAUUUCAUUUUUUUAUACCAUAGCAAGUUUCGUUCCCAAGGGGUAUUCAGGAUUCCAAGAGACGUGGAUGACCGAAUGGGGGGAAAGUCAAAACCCCAAAAGUUCCCUGGACCAAAAAUUAACUCCCACAAAUAUCCGAUACAGAACUGCUCACCAACAAGAUUAUUCAGUUAAAAUUAAGCCAACUAAGAAAAUACUUGCCAAAUUUUUCCUACCCCAAAAGAAUCCCGGAAUUGAAAAUUUUAAACCCAAAAAAUCCUUCUAUCAUCGCCAUCACUUGAAAUCCGGAGUACCUUCACUGGAGUUUCGUUCCACCCCAAAUUUCUUAAUCUAAAGUUUUGCUUAUGACGUACUUCAUAACCGCAAAACAGAUUGUCGAAAAUGAAGCUGAAUCUGAGAGACCUAUAAGUAAAAAGGAAACAACCACGAAUGCGAAAAGUACCAAGUAUCCUGUAUUUUUUGGAAACCGAAAUACACUCAACUGGAAAACGAAGCACCCUCAACCCCGGUGAAAGGGCCUGCAAUAAACCCAAUGGGUCAGUUAAUUUGAAGCGUGACCAUCCCCUUUGGGUAUUUGCGUUGCCUCGAGGCACUGUUGCCCACGGUGGGGCACUUGGAAUCAAACGUAUGUCUCGGGGAGGGGAGAGUAUAGUAGAGUUUUACAUUUUUAGCGCCCUACAUUGAGAAAGUUUGCGGUAUUGGGGUGUUUGGCAAAUUUUCAUGCAGUACUUAAUAUUCAAUUGUGGUCUUGAAUUCUGAUAUUGUGUUAGUUCUAAACAUGCGGAAUUUUUUGUUGUUGGCUCGGCGAUUUUUAGCAUGGUUUAAGUUGUCGAAUUUGUCGAUUUUUCUUCGCUGUGUUACGGAGUUCGGUAUACCACUAGCCGGUUCAAUAUUAAUUUUUUAGCAUGCGUAUACUUCUACUACACGACCGGCUUCGAUAGUGUGAUAUCGCGCCCAGUUGCGGUAGUAUAAGGAUUUUCACUUUAUAUUAGUGCCAAACAUUAUUCCCAUGGUAAUUUGUUAUACUUUUGAAGACCCUCGUUGAACCCAUCAACCGAAACGUUCAGAAAGGUUGCAUUUAUACUAAAGGAUGCAGAAUUCCUACGGUGCAACCACAGCACCUUCACAUGGUACCAUUUAUUAUUAUUAACAUUAUGAUUAUGAUGAUGUUGAUGAUUAUGAUGAUCAUUACUAUUAUUUGCAAAGGUUAUUUCAGUGUUAAUCCAAUCUUAAGUUUUGGCAGUUUUUAUAAAGGUGAAAAAAGUGCUGUUGUCAAUUUGGUCAUAGCCACCAAAUAUCUUUAAUUAGCAAACGGGAUUUAUCUAACUAACAAUGUUUUUAUCACGAAUUUUUAUCAACAAAGUAUCACUGAUCAAUAACGAAAGCUGCAUGUUGCAAAUUAUGACUAUUAUCUCCUUUCAUGAGUUCUAUGAAUCUCCAAGUAAACUUAACCGAGUUUCACUUGCACGAAAAUGAGACAUUAUGUUUACAAGGGACAUUCUACUGAUAGCACAUUGCUGCAAUUGACUCCUGAUUCUAUUUUCAAAUAUGGUUCUGUCACGUGUUACAGAAGUCGCAUUGUAACUCCCUACUGCUACUAACUCGAUUGACUACGUAACAAAAAAAAUAACUGAAAAAAAAAAAAAACAUCACUCUGAAUCUGAAGAUGAAUCAGCUAACAAGGUUGUCGAAACGUAAGUUCGCAAUGGUCGGUUACUAGGGUGACUUGAGCGGGUGGGCCACUGAAAUUCUGGAAAGCAGUUUCAUGUCUUGAUUGAAAGCGCAAUGGAAAACUGAAUUAGAGUACGUGUACUGUCCUGUUCUAUGAAAAUGACUUCACCGCGCGUUUCAUGACUGCCUGCCACAUAAUUUCAAUGAAUUUGUUUCAAUGAAAGUUUUAUACUAAUGUGAGUUUACCAUUUCAGUGUGGCAAAAUGAAUGGCUGUUUUGGUAAUAAUACUUAUACAAGUAAAGAGAAUAUUAAUUUAAAGCUUUUUAGUGAUUUUUCCAGAUCAAACCAUUAUGGCACAGAGUGGAAACGGAGCAGCAAGUGAGAGUGAUGUUACAUCACUUGGUACCGGACGAGAGCUGAACUUUGAUGAUGACACACUGAAAGGUAAAGAUUCUUACAACUGUUAA